AUGUCCUGUAUCACAAGCCGCAUCAAGACUUUUCUGUCAGGAUCUUCUUCCCUGUCAAGUUCAGCCAGUCAAUACGACCCUUCAUCUGAAAAGAAUGCACAGUCGUAUCAGCUACAAACUGUAUCACAGAGCGAUGCUACCCCUCCACCUCCACCAUAUUCUUCAACCCCAAGCUGUGAUCAAUCGCUGUCCAAGCCAUUCAUUCUAGAGUUUGAACCGCCAUCACAACAAGGUUACCGAGUGUCCCGACCAUCAGAAAGUAACAGGCAACGCUUCAUCUACCGUCAGAUUACGAGAGAAUAACUCUAUUCUAAACUUUAUACUACUGCUUUUAACAUUUAUGUCUACCGAAAACAUACUCGAAACAAGAUGCAUUUGAUCCGAGUUGCACUUGUGGAUCUAUUGUUAGGAGACAAGGAUAUGGGACGAUAGAGAGUCAGAAACCAACAGUGACAGGUGGAGAGGAGGGG